AUGGCUACCGACGUCGCACUCGACACUACAAUCGGCACUGUUGUUGUCGAACUCUACAACGACCAUGCGCCAAAGACAUGCAAGAACUUCUCAACCUUGGCCCAGCGCGGCUACUUCAACGGCCUCAUAUUCCAUCGUAUAAUACCAAACUUUAUGAUCCAAGGAGGCGACCCUACAGGUACUGGCCGAGGCGGUGAAUCCAUCUAUGGCGAAAAAUUCGAAGACGAGAUAUCACCGCAACUCAAACACACUGGAGCUGGCAUCCUUAGCAUGGCCAAUUCAGGCCCUAACACAAACGGGUCUCAGUUCUUCAUUACCCUCGCACCUACACCAUGGUUGGACGGAAAGCACACCAUCUUUGGUAGGGUCAAGAGCGGCAUGCAGGUUGUAAAGAAGCUUGGUUUGGUCAAAACAGACAAAGAGGAUCGCCCGGUAGAAGAAGUCAAGAUUGUUAGGGCAUACCUCCCAGAUGAUAACGCUCAAGCGUUACAACGCUAUUAG